AUGGAUAAUGAUAAUUCCGAUUAUGAUAGUUUGUCUGUCGAAUUUGACUUCAGAGGAGAUGCACCACCGACAGCUAUGGACCCUUAUCGUGAUGAUGUGAUAAGCGAUCGCCAACAAAGUAUACUAAACGAGUUGAGAAUAAAUCUAUGUAGGGAAGAUUUAAUCUAUAUAAAUACUCAUAAAGAAGUAGAAGCGAUAGCGUCGCUCUUGUACAAUGACAUUUUGAAGAAGUCACCUAAGAAUCCAUACACGCACGCCGCAAGUUACUUGACAAAUCCACAGACUGCCGACCUGGUGGCUAACUUUAAGCGGUCCGAAGAUUUCCAGUAUGAGAACAUUCUCAAAAAGGAUCAUCAACAAUAUGCGACGGCGGCAGUGGCAGUAAAAAUAGCUACUAGUGAGCAGGGUAAGUCGGUAGAGACCAAGGACAAACAGACCGAGGAGUCAGAAGAUGAUGAGAACGAUAUGGAGGUGGACCAACAUAACUUAUCAACGGGGGAUGGAGGGAUCAGCUAUGUAGCGGAAGAAGAGGCACAGAUGACGGAUUCCCAAAAAGACUGA